ACCAGAGCCUGUUUGACGGAAGGAGCGGCGCGGCGGCAGCGGCAGCGGCGGCGGCGGCGGCGGCGGCGGCGGCGGAGGAGGAGGAGAAUGGAGACGGUGGUGUUUGUCUUCUCUCUCUUGGACUGUUGCGCGCUCAUCUUCCUCUCAGUGUACUUCAUAAUUACGUUGUCGGAUUUAGAAUGUGAUUACAUUAAUGCUAGAUCAUGUUGCUCGAAAUUGAACAAGUGGGUGAUUCCAGAAGUGGUUGGCCAUACCAUUAUCACUGUGUUAAUGCUCAUUUCAUUGCACUGGUUCAUCUUCCUUCUCAACUUGCCUGUUGCCACUUGGAAUAUAUAUCGGCUCAUUAUGGUGCCAAGUGGUAACAUGGGAGUGUUUGAUCCAACGGAAAUUCACAAUCGAGGGCAGCUGAAGUCACACAUGAAAGAAGCCAUGAUCAAGCUUGGUUUCCACCUGCUCUGUUUCUUCAUGUAUCUUUAUAGUAUGAUUUUAGCUUUGAUAAAUGACUGAAGCCGGAGAAGCCAUGGUUGCAGUCAGCCUACACUACAGUGCACAGUUGAGGAGCCAGAGACUACUUAAAUCAUCCUUAGAACCGUGACCAUAGCAGUAUAUUUUUUCCUCUUUGAACAAAAAGUAUUUUUGCUGUAUUUUUACCAUAUAAAGUAUUUAAAAAACAUUAAUUGAGUUUUUGUAGCUUUCUGGUUCUCAACUUUAGCCUGAACCCCAACAUGUGAAGGUGUUUUUCAUCAUCUGUGAUCUGUGUGCAGGAACAGGCCUGUCAUUACAGCCUUGCACGCCAAAGGAAUAAAGGACCCACUCCAAAGGGAAAACGUAAUCGAUGGGCCAAGUGGCUCUUCAGGUCUACUGAAAAGUCAGUGCGGUACAGCACUGUUAAUCUGGGCAAGGGAAGAAAGAAACUGAACUUCCUCUUUGCCUGUAUUGCGGCAGCUUCAUACAUUUAAUAUGGUUUAAAGAUUUAUGGGACUGUAAGCUAAAAGUCUUUUCACAAGAAUGUUAACAGAAAAUGACAUUUAAAAAAAUACAUAUUCUUUGCCGAAUUUGUGAAACCCUAUAAGCCAUUAUAGGUACGAUGUCAUUCCUGCUUAUAGAAAGGAAAAUAAACCAAAAAAGUAAAAUUUUAUCAAGAGCUUUCAUUUAAAAGCCACUGCCUCCACAAUCACCCUCAAACCCAAACAAUCCCACUGGCUCUUGCCGGGUCUUGUUUCUGUUUUCUGAUUGAUCCAAUUGUAUUUGAUCUCCCUGAUGUAUUUUUUAAUGGGUUUGGAGAGGUGAUUUGGUAGAAAAUGCUCAUCAGAUUAGAGGCAGGAAUAGCAGUCAUUCAGUGUCAGUGAAAUUGAGCCUGUCAGUGCUCUGCUUGGUGCCUGAUUAACUGACACUUCGGUCCUGCUGCGCUGACUACUUUGUGAAUGGAGAGGCCCAAUACAAGCCAUUUCAUGGACAUAGCAAUAUCCACGCAAGCUUGGUUCUUUGGAGUUAUAUUUGUAAAUUCUUACAGUUGAUGAGAGCAGUUAACCUCUUCAGCUCUGUUUGCCGGGUACAGUGAACCUGGCAGUUUAUUCUCAGUUCUCGUUUGUGUUUUAAUGUUGCUAUCUUAGGUGUUGGCAUUUAGGCUAAAAAUGUGUGUUUUAUGGCAGAGUCCAAAGGAAUUAUUCGCUCUGUUGAGGCAGAAUUGGAUAGCUACACAAGGUGUGUGGUCACCAAACAUCAAAUAUUGCAUGUCCUUUCAGUCCUGGACUAGAUCUACCCGUGGCAGAAGCCAGAGAACCACUAAGCAAAACUCCUUAUACGACAGACCCACAUUUUGAGGAUGGUGGUACCCUGGUCACAUGUGAAAGGGACAGUGAAAUGGCAAAGUAAACUCGAUUCUGUUGAGCUCUUUGGGGGUCUCAGAAAUUGCUCCUUGUGAUUAUCUUGUAUUUCUUCCAAGCAAAGAGACAACAAACUCACAUAGAAGUUAGUUUGCCUGCAUCUCUUUUCCUUCUGAGGUAACUUCCUCUGUUUAAAAAAAACCAGCCAUUUCACUCUGCCUUUCUCGCUAACUUCCAGUGCCUCUAAAUGUUCUGCUCAAGCUUUUAAAGCAAUGAAGCUGUUGGAGAAUUUAAAUCCUUAGAAAUGAGAGAGAAACAAGCUACUUUAGGAAGCUCAGAAUUGGUAGAGGACUGUUGACCAAAAUAUUUUAUCCUCUCAUUCAAGUAUUCUUUUCUUUUAAAUUGAAAUAUAGUUGACUUUACAAUAUUGUGUUAGUUUCAGGUAUACAGUGUGGUGAUUUGGUUGGUUUUUUUUCCAGAGUAUAUGCCAUUAUAGGUUAUUACAAGAUAUUGAAUAUACAUGUAUUCUUAAUAACCAAAAUUAGAAAGUUGUGUAGUUGAGAGCAUCUGACUGUGUAUUGUCAGGCUCAAGUUGCCAAGGCUGAGCAAAUCAGAAAGGUGCCUUGUUGGUAACAAAAGACAGGAGCUCUUCUGAAACAUUAACUGUGGUUAAAAACAAAACCACCUUUCUUGUUUGUCUGUAUCAAAGCCAGGAAAGGGGGUAAUUUUAGUUUUUGUUUUUAUGUUUUAGGAGCUCUUUUACAAAUGAUGAAAAGGUGAGGGUGGGGAGGGAAUGUCCUGACUUUAAAAACUGUGGUUAAGAUGCUAAAGGUUAAUUUUCUAUGCUUUUAUUGGUUGGAGAGUUACAGAGGACCUUUAGAGAUCAUUUGUUCUAACUUCAUCUUUGAGACAGAACUGAGCGCUAGGGAUUGCAUCUGGGGUCCUGAUGGUUAGUUCAGUGUUCUCUCUCGCUCUCUUAUCACGCCUCUUCCCUGUCCCGCUAUGAAGGUAGUACCCAGGGCCCAGGCAGUGCAGACUACCAUGGCGUGCUUCUGGUGUAAAAUAUUUUUAUCUGUGUGUUCUGUCAUUUUCCCUUGUCCCUUUCCUUCCAUCCUUUCAGUGGUGGCAAGUGCCGCGCUAAUCACUGGACUCUCAGCUGAGAGGGCUGAGGAAGCAAGAACUAAGGAGGUGCAGCUCAGUUCAUCAAAGCCUGGCAGCCACCUCUUCAUGCCACACAGAUGACAAUGGAAUAAGAGGCCAAAUCUGCUUCCUCUCCUGUGGGCUUACUUUGAAGUUGAGGGCUAAGAAAGCCCCCUGUGGAACUUUUCUUUUGUGGCACUUACCACUUUCUGUCUGGUAAUACAAUUACUCGUGUGCAGUUAAUCUCUCCUACUAGAUUGUGCGCUCCUGGAGGGCAGAGUACACUCUGACUCAUAUUUGUGUCUUCCUACUGCUGCUGGCACCUAACACAGUGCCUUGCACACAGAAACAAUAAAUGAUUGUUGAAUGAA